AUGUCCCUCGACAAUCGCCUGGAAGGCAGACUGGCUUUGAUCACUGGUGCGUCAGGAGGGAUCGGUUCUGCCUGUGCACGCGCACUAUGGAACAACGGAAUGUCCCUGGCGCUCACUUACUCAAGCAACAAACCCAGCCUGGAAACCUUGAUAGCAGAACUCGAAUCUUCAAAUGGCGAGAAUUCGAGUCGUCGUCGUCGUCAGAUAUCCAUGCAUCAAGUCAGGCUCGAGACUGAUGGCGACAUUUCAAGUCUUUUCCAAGAUAUCCAGGCCAUUCACAGUCACUCACCGGACGUCCUCAUAGCGAACGCCGGGUACGCCAAAGUGAUCCCCCGCCCGGAGGACAUUACCAUCGAGGAGUUUGACCGCACCAUCUCGAUCAAUUUGCGCUCAACCUUCCUGCUUGUCAAGGACUGCUUGCCUUAUAUGAUAGAGCAGUCAUGGGGUCGAAUUGUGUUCAUUUCCAGUAUAGCUGCUGAAGGAGGCGGUAUCAAUGGCUGUCACUAUGCUGCUUCAAAAGCCGGCAUGAAUGGUAUGAUGAAGAACCUUGCCACUAAGCUCGGUAGGGGAGAGAUUACAGUCAACAGCCUCGCGCCGGCAAUGAUUGGGGACACGGGCUUGAUCCCUGAUCCAAAAAUGCUCGAAGGGACGCCGGGCGAUGUAAAGAAUAUUCCUGUUGGCCGUCUCGGUACACCGCAGGAGUGUGCAAAUGUGGUGGAGAUGAUUUGCAAGACGGGUUAUUUGACCGGGCAGAAUAUCUUACUAAGUGGAGGCCUCAGAUGA